GGUCGGGAGGGGGACAGGGGAGUGGCUCCCUGGGGAAUGAGGCUGCAGGGGUGCCCUGGAGAGCCCCUGCCCACUGGACAUCGGCACCAGGGAGGUUGCUGUCCAGGCACUGUGUGACCAGCAGCUUCUCCCCGACUGUAGGUGUCAACACGUGUGACAUCAUCACCCUCUACAUCUCUGCCAUCAAGGCCUUGCGAGUGCUAGACCCCUCCAUGGUCAUUCUGGAAGUGGCCUGUGAGCCCAUCCGCCGCUACCUAAGGACGCGGGAGGACACGGUGCGGCAGAUUGUGGCUGGGCUGACAGGGGACUCGGAUGGGACCGGGGACCUGGCUGUCGAGCUGUCCAAGACGGACCCAGCAAGCCUGGAGACCGGCCAGGACAGCGAGGACGACACGGGCGAGCCUGAGGACUGGGUGCCCGACCCUGUGGAUGCCGACCCAGGGAAGUCGAGCUCUAAGCGGCGCUCCUCGGACAUCAUCAGCCUGCUGGUCAGCAUCUACGGCAGCAAGGACCUCUUCAUCAACGAGUACCGCUCCCUGCUGGCCGACCGGCUCCUGCACCAGUUCAGCUUCAGCCCAGAGCGGGAGAUCCGCAACGUGGAACUGCUGAAGCUGCGCUUUGGGGAGGCCCCCAUGCACUUCUGCGAGGUCAUGCUGAAGGACAUGGCAGACUCCCGCCGCAUCAACGCCAACAUUCGCGAGGAGGACGAGAAGCGGCCUGCAGAGGAGCAGCCGCCGUUCGGGGUCUACGCCGUCAUCCUGUCCAGCGAGUUCUGGCCCCCCUUCAAGGACGAGAAGCUGGAAGUCCCUGAGGACAUCAGGGCCGCCCUGGACACUUACUGCAAGAAGUACGAGAAGCUGAAGGUACCGCUUUGCCUUCAUGGCCCCGUCCAGCCCCCGCGUCUGUGGGUCCCCUCCCAGCCCUUCCCAGCACCCUGUGUGCGUGAGCAGGGGACCCUCAGAGCCCCAUGUGCUCCUGGCUGUGCUUGGCUGCGUCGUCUUCGGCCACUUCACUGGGACCCUGUGGCCAGAGCAAGCCCCUCCCUCUGAGCUGCUCUUCCUCUUCCGCCACCAGCCUCUGGCCUCUCAGACCAGGGCUCUGGUGCCUGCGUUCCUGCGUUCCUGCGUCUCUCCCCGUGAGGGCUGGGGAGCCUGUCAGGGCCACCGGCCGCCUUGCCGCCCUGGGUGUCACUCUGCAGCUCUAGCCCCACCCCCAGGUGUAUGUCCCUGAAAGCUGCUUUCCCAGGUGCCAGCAGGGAGCGCUCCCGGACCAGGCCCGUGUCUGUGACAGGAGCGGGGCAGAGACAGCCUGGUCUGGAGGCCGCUGGUGGCAGGGGCAGCGUGCCGGGGUGAUGGGGUCGGCUGCAGUUGGCACACGUGCCCUGGCAGUCCCUGGGGCAGGAGACCAGGUGCAUGCUGUGGUGGCCAGUUGGAGGAAGUGGGGGCUGGGGGCCGAGUUCAGAGGUCCUUCUGAGCUCACGGGCGGUUGGAGACCCUGGUGCAUGCUGUAGUGACCAGUUGGAGGAAGUGGGGGCUGGGGGCCGAGUUCAGAGGUCCUUCUGAGCUCACAGGCAGUUGGAGACCUGUUGGGGGGAGGAAGGAGUCGGGGUGCCAUCCCAGGUUCUGGGCAGGAGGGGAAGCAGGCUCCUGACUCAAGGGGCUGGUAAGGCCCAGUGAGCACGCAGACCCUGGGGAGCCAGGUACCCCGUGGGGCAAGCGGAAGACGUGAGGAGGGUCCUGGGACAUAGCUGCAUCUGGGCUGCAGAGCCCAGCCCAGGAGCACCUGGCAAAGCU